AUGGCCUCCUCGCAACCGCUCCAAGACCCCUCCACCAACCCCACCGAACUCGCCUCGUACGAGCUCUCCCCCUCUGCCGUCCUCCCUUCCUUCACAGCCUCAACCGCCUGGUCCCUCGGCACUGCCCUGCGCACACGCAUCCUCUCUCUACCUUCGUCUCAACGCAAACCCGCCGUGAUCUCGAUCACGCAGGCAAACGGGAACCAUAUCUUAUUUCAGGCCGUGACCGAGUCAGGAACACUACCUGACAACGAAGAAUGGGUGCGCCGGAAACGUAAUGCUGUUCUGAGAUGGGGGUUGAGUUCAUGGGGUUUACGAAACAAGAUUGCUGCUACUGUUGCUGCGCCGGAAUAUGAUGUAGAGCCAGCAUUUGCUAAAAAGUUUGCUCUCAAGAGUUCGAAUGGGUCUCCCGAGGAUUAUGCGAUUCAUGGAGGUGGUUUUCCGAUUAGAGUCAAGGGUGUGGAUGGGAUUGUGGGUGUGAUUGUUGUUAGUGGGUUGAAGCAAGAGCAUGAUCAUCAGGUCAUUGUCGAAGUCAUCAAGGACUUCAUUGACAAUGGGGGAAAUUGA